AUGAUGUCAACACUGCAGAAAUGUGAAAGCCUGAUAGGCAAGGCAUUUAACCUGGUUAGCACUGCCAAUAUGCGGGGCACACCUUUACGGGAGGCGCACCAAACACCCGCCCAAAACGUUCGAAGAUUUUUCAGCGAAUAUCAACAUGUGCAGGAAGAAAAAGUUAACCUGCCUAGGCUGAAAUUGAGAGGACUACCAUUCGACGCUACAGAAGAAGAAAUAAAAACCUUUUUUAAGAAUUUCCAAUUGGCCAAGGUAGGGUACCCUAUUCACAUCAUUAGGGGGGUAAAAAACAAACCCACUGGUCAAGCGCAUGUUUAUUUUGAUGACGAGGAGGAGGCUAGGAAGGCUUGCGAAACUCUGAAUCGGAAGUUUCUACGGAACAGGUACAUUGAAAUAUACACCGACUACAUAUUCAACCAUAACUUAACACUCGUUAAGGAGCACGUCACAACGUUGAUGAGGGACCGUUACAGGAAAGACAACCUGUGA